AAGAUUUCCAACCAUUUCCAGCUUUCGAAUUCGAGUUUGAUGUCGGGUUGAGCUACAACCAUGCCUGAAACACGCAGCAGCAGCAGCAGAGCACAGCUAUCUCCAACCCCCUUGUCCGUUGGUCCCAGGCUGCAGCUAGUAGCGGAUGACCCGAUCGAGUCUAUCGAGCAGGAUCUCGACGACUUGAGUAUCGGCUCAUCCUCCGAUUCGGGCCAAUAUAUUCAGACGCCGUCAACCUCGACUUCUCCUUCUUCUCCGCGCUCAAGUAAUGCCAGCCACGAGGAUGGCUCAACGAACUCUCGGCCUGCAGUGUUUGGAUCGAGGACCCAGAGCGAUGGCGGUCUAGACUUGGGCGACAUCAACGCAGCUUUGGACGUGCUCGCCACAACACAGUCGGGCGGGAGAGCUCGAGCCAACAGAAGGCGCAGUUCUCCUGUAGAUCAAAGCCCUCACAAUGUCGACGACGAGCAGGUUCCUGGGGAUCGCUUCAACAAUGCCACUUUCCAACAAGCUCUCAGGGAAGCUAAAGGCCUGGCAACUGAUAUUCAUCGUGUCCUGGGCAGCAGCGAUCUGCAUCUGGAACCCAGCUCGGCCAUGAGGCGACUGCAUGAGACGGCGAGUGAACUGGCUCGAUUCCAUCCACCUUCCACCAGGAUCGUGGGGUUUGUCGGCGACUCCGGUGCAGGCAAGAGUAGCUUGCUCAACUCGCUACUCGAUAUUCCAGGCUUGGCCAGGACGAGCAACGAAGGUGCAGCCUGCACAUGUGUAGCCACCGAAUACCAUUACCACAACAGGCAGGACUUUUUGAUUGAGAUUGAACUCUUCACGGAGGCCCAGAUCCACGAUCAGCUCGCAGAUCUGCUCAAAUCGUACCGGCACUUCCACCUAAACAGGCGGGAGCUGCAUCGUACAGAAGUGCGGGAUUUCGAGGAGAGAGCAACGCUCGCGGUUGACACCUUUGUCGCCAUGUUUGGGUCGCGGCUCGAGCAGAACGGCACCUCGAAUUUCCUUCCUUGCCUACUGGCACCUAGCACGCGGGAAGUGCUGCGCACACUCAAGCAGUGGGCUCAUGAGGCAAUGCCGUCCCAGGCACAGACACGAAUAGUCCUAUCCAGUAUCGCGCAGUGUUCGACGCGACUGGCCGAGCUCACAUCUGACGCUUCCGGCGCACAAGAGCGACUGCCAUGGCCCUUCAUCAGCAAGAUCAAAGUCUUCGUCAACGCGUACAUCCUCGAAAAGGGCCUUGUGCUUGUCGAUUUGCCUGGUCUCCGCGACCUGAAUACCGCGCGACGGAAUGUCACGGAGAGAUAUCUGCGCAAAGUCGACGAGAUCUUUGCCGUUUGCCCUAUCGGCCGGGCGACGACAGACGAGGGCGUCAUGGCCGUCUUUGAUCUGGCGGCGCGUGCGGGCCUGACCAGUGUCAGCAUCAUAUGUACCAGGUCAGAUGAUAUUCGGCCAGAAGAGGCAGUCGUAUCUUGGACGGGCAGCACAAGAACCAGAGUCCAGGAUGCCAUGGACGACGUGCAAAAUGCUCGAGACGCCAUUGCUGAAGUCCAACUGGAGAUAGAUGAGCUGGAGAUGGAUGAAGAAGACGGUUAUACGAGUGAGGAGCGAGAUCUUUUCUGCGAACUUCACAGGCAGAAGAAACGAGCCGAGACGCAAUUGAGAAAUGCCCAGUUCCGGCUGCGCAAGCUAGUGAUCGACACCCGGAACUCCACGGUCACGAACAGGCUGCUCCGUGUGUACCAGGCAAAGGUCCCAGAUGACACGCUGCGGGUCUUUUGCGUUAGCAACAGCGAGUACUGGGACAACCGCCAGAAACGGAGACAGGUUGCGGUGCCACACCUGAUGCUCAGUGGGAUACUGUCCAUCCGGCAGCACUGCCGCGCUCGGGUGUCCGAGAGCCAGCAUCGCAUGUGCACCAAGUACAUGCGCGACAGCAUACCCGCUCUGCUGGGUGAGGUUCGCCUAUGGGUCUCAUCGGCUGAGGCCGGCUCGAUGGACGCAGAAAGACGCCGAGUGAUGCGACAAGGUCUCACCUCGCUGGAGAACCGGCUUCGACGAGAUCUUGAACAUGGCGAGUCACGCACUUUGGGAUCCAGUCUGGUGCUGGACAUGCGGCAGGGCUUCCUAGAUCCGGGUCGACUCCGCAUUGCGUCUUGGUCACAAGGGGCCACCGACGCGUGUUAUGAAUGGAAUGGCUGGCACCAUGCAUCAUACUCGGCCUUUUGUCGCAACUACGGAGAUUAUUGUACUCCCAAAGUCGGUUCACACUGCUGGAACGACGAAGCAAUGGCGAAGAUGGUCCGACAAGUCCGGCCAAUGUGGCAAGGCCUUCAGUCGAGGCUGGAUGAGCGCGUCGAUAGCCUCGCAGCCAGCAUCACGGCCUCUUUGGAUCAAGCAGCGAAUUACCUACACACUGGCCUUGCCGACCAUGCGGACUUGACGAUACAAUUGGAGACCACGCUGCGGAGCAAUCAGCAUCUCUUGGAGUCCAAUAUCCACGAGCUGAAAGAUGACUUUGACAAUGCUUUGAGGCAACUGCAAAUCGAUGCCACCUCUGGUAUCCGCACUUCGCUCAUCGGCAAGUAUAUGGAGCCUGCAUACCGAAACGCCAUACACGAGUUUGGGACUGGGAGUGACGCCCGCCGCAAGAGCUACAUCACAACCGCAUUCCGGAAGCAGGAACUCUUUGAGAAGCUCCUCGCGUCUGUGCGAGACUCUUUCAAGGAGAUUGCUGAGGACCUGCAGGAGCAGGUCAACUCCAACAUCCAGGAACAUCUGGGAGCGGUUAGGGCUGUUCUGGACAUCUUGCGAAGUGACAACGCUGCGCGGGAAGGCGACGAGAAUCCGGUUUUCAGACAGGCGCUGGCGCACCGUGUCUCAACCGCCAGCGAAGAGAUGACGCGAAUCAUGAGCCUGAUCGAGCAGUCUGAUCAGGUCCUAGUCAAUGCAUGACAGUGCAUUUGUGUGCCUCGGAAGCUCUGAAUGGAGGAGUCCUGCGUUGGAGUGUGCGACAUGCUUUAAAUUAGUCGUUAUUCUUGUGUUAACUACUCAAAAUUCGCG